CGGCAGGAAGAAAGGCACCGACAAAAGGGAGAAAACACAGCCAGCACAAAGCAUCCCGCAGCUGUGACUCACCAACACGGAGGAGACGCCAGAUGAGCUGCGGCCAAAGGUGUCUUGAGAAGCAAUGGCCACAGCGGCUCUUCUGAACGUAGCACCAUCUGACCACUACUUCCCUUCAAGCACAGCAGCUGCUUUCUUUUGGACAACCGCCAUCAACAUGCACGUGACCAGGCCAAAAUCUGCCAAGGGACGCACGCGGUCGAGCUUCAGUUACUCUCACCGGGUGGAAGCCUAUCCUUGCAGAGCGCCAUCUCCCCCUCCGCCGGCAGCUGCCCGGGAAUCGGGAAGUGGCCGGAGAACGUUGCCGACAAAACUGGCCUUCCCGUCUGGCCAGGUGUCUCCCGAAGAAAUCCCGGAGCUCCUGCAGCAAGUGCCUUUGAGGACCUCCUCCUCCCUGAACAAGUACCGGGUGCUCCCUUCCAUCGGCCGGAAAGGCUCAGGGAACAGCGCUGUGGAAGCCGUAACUGAGCAGACCAGCAGACUGAAAAUGAGCAGGGGACAGGAGGAAGCUCAAAAAAUCAAACCUCUUCCUAGAGAACAAGGAUCUGCCAGCAAAUUGUCAGAAAGUGAAGAACCUACUGAAGAAGGCUCACACGCUCGGUGUCCUCCUGAGAAGCCAGGAAGGAAAAUGAGACAAGAGAGCUCUUCAUUGUCCACUUUACAUUUGGAAGAGCCACUGAAAAAAGAGCCAAGUUUGCUGCUCGCUAUUAGAUCUCCAUCUGGUCAAAGAUUUGAGCAUCAUUUCAAGCCUACAGACAGUCUUCAGGCAGUCCUUGCUGUGGCAGAGCAGAAAACCACCACCAAAUACAAACACUGUAGUGUUGAAACCAUGGAGGUACCUAGGAGGAGUUUUUCUGACCUCACAAGGUCGCUCCAAGAGUGUGGAAUCCUCCACAAGUCAGUAUUGUGCAUCCUACAAAAAGAGCAGCAAGAGGCCGAUCCCUCAGGGUCCGAGGACUGCGGCACAAAUGCCAUCAUGCCUCUGUAGGUAGUUCUGCUGAAUGGGAUGCGUUACUUCUGGUCAAGCGGCCCCAAAACUGAAAGUCUGAAGUUUCGUGGGCCUCCUCCUCCAUCUUGCUGUCUUCCAAAAGCUUCCAUUGAAGUAAACUGGUGUAUAUAAAAGGAGCGUGUUGAAAUAUUGCUUAAUAUUGCUUAUACCUACUGCAUUAAUCAGAUUUUUUUUUUUACAUGUACAAUCAUAAAUUCUUGAGUGCCACCAGCCUUUGGCCUUUUUGUAACGGCCCGUUUUCUUCUUUGAAGACUGAUGUUUCGGACGCGUUCUUUCCUUGGAGUAGGAGACCUCUUCUGUUGUCUUUUUUAUAUUUCGGGAAUGUACCACUUCCCAGAAGGGAUUCUGAUUCAGAAUAACAUAUUUGGGAAGACAGAAAUAGAACUGUUUUACUUUGUAUGACUGUCUUCAGUAGAUCAUCAUCCUAAAGCAUCUUAACCUCCAAAGUGACUGAACUACAAUCAAAUUUGAAAACCAUCUGAAAAUGAGAGCAAUAACACAUUAGAGUUAGUAGAUUAUUGUGAAGUAUUAAAUGCAAGGUCGAUGGUAAUAUACCUAUGGGAGCUCAGCUGUUCCUGGACAACCUCAGUGCCUCUUUUAGGAGUGUGACUAUAUUGUCCUCGCUAGAACAAAUGAUUAAUUUUUGGCUGUAUUGGAGAGUAGCAGGAUUUUUCUCCUUUUUAGUUUGUUUCUUCACUCAUUCACCUGGUACGAUUCAUAGUUAAGAAUGGAUUGCCUCCCUGGGCUGCUGUUACAAAAUACUGCCGUUUAACACUUCUACAACUGAAAUGGGUUAGUUCAAGAAAGUAAGUGAUCCUUUGAGAGGUUUUUUUUAAAAUAUAUUAAUUGGAUUUGGCUGGGGAAUUGGCUCACCCAGUAGAUCAUAUUUUACUAAACCAUUGUGGCUCUUUCAGAGUUAUUCCAUUUUAAAAGUCUGCUAGAGUAACUUGGCAGGUUUCGGUAUGAAUACAAUGUGCUUGUGUUUUUGUUUUUUUUUUAAAUCUACUAAGUUUCUGGUGGAACUCCUUACAGUUCAAAGGCAAUAAUUAACUCAGACAAAAAUGGCUUAGGCUAUGGAGAUGGACAGCUUGCCAAACCACCAGGCUAGUUUUAAUAUUGUGAGAUAAAACCAAGGUUUUUCACCUCAGUGUACCUGCCAACUUGGAAAAAUAAUAGUAGGAGAAAACUCAUUCUGGUGUUGACCAAGAGCAUAGAAUCUUAUCUCAAGCGAGUAUUCAGGAGCCACCCGUUUUAUAAAAAUAGUAUCUGCUGAAAUAAUAGGCGGGUAAUUCAACAAUAAUUCAACAGUAACAAUGCUAGCACCUUCAGGGACACGGACUAUCGAAGCAUAUGGGUGCUCGUAAUCAAACCUCUUUGGGGAGCAAUGUAUUUCACUUAAACAUUCAGGAACCACAGGAACAAGAUGGAACUGCGUGAACCACUUUCCGUAUUUAAUUCAGUGUUUGGUGAUUAAUUAGACACUUGGAUAAAACAGCAGUGAGCUGUGCCAGAACAGUUACCUACUAAGGGUAAGGAAUAUGUCAUACCCCAUUUUUAAUGACUCUGCACUGUUACCUAAUGAUCCCUGUCCUUUAGGGUGAUGUUUUCCUCUUUAAAAUGGGAUCGCAACAUGUGAUCAGACAGUAUCCUUUUUACUUCCCUUCUGCUACUGGGAAUCUAGCUCUUUUUCCCUACUUUCAUGUCUCUGAGUGCAUCACACACUACAUCUUUGCUGGGAAUAAGGAGCAGGACUGUGAGGAAAAGAGCACUUGUUACAGGUGAUCUGAGUAGCCGCUAAGCUGAUCUGUUCAAACCAGCUCUAAAAAAUGCGUAUUUCUCUAGCUCCCUAGUCGUGAUGGGAGGAAGAACAUCAAAUCAGGGUUAGCAUGCAGCGAUUGUCACCUGAUUUUAUGUAUAUAAUGUUACACUUCAUUUAAGUUUUCAGACUGUGUGAUAGGAAAAAUCAAUAAAACCGUAUAGGCUGAAACUUGAA